AUGAGGCAGCGGACGAUGGAGAUGUACGUGGAGAUCGGUUGCUUUUUGUCAUGCUUGAGUGGCUGGAUUUUGAUCUGUUCCACUCUGGCCACUGAAUAUUGGACCUUCUCAGAGGUCGGCACUUUUGUUCUGACCACCGGUAAUUACUACUCCAACCUCUGGAUGGACUGCGCCUCAGACACCACAGGAAAAUCUGCCUGUAAAUACUACCCCUCCAUGAUGAGCCUGUCUGCUUUCCUCCAUGUAUCCAGGGCCUUGGCUGUCGUCUCUGUGAUCUUUGGCUUCUGGGGGGCUGUUCUUGCCCUCGUUGGGAUGAAAUGCACCAAAAUCGGAGGAUCUGAGCUCGCCAACGCCAGAAUGACGUUUGCAGCAGCUUUAACGUACAUGGCAUGCGGUUUUUGUGGUAUGAUAGUGUACUCCUGGUGGGGUAAUAAAGUGCGUUCAGACUUCGUGAAUCCAUAUUACUUGGAACAGAAGUUUGAGUUCGGUGCAGCCCUCUUCAUCGGCUGGGGAGGUUCGUGUCUGGUUAUAUGUGGGAGUGCGGUCAUGUGCUAUUUCUCUGCGAGAAAGUCAUUCCCACGAAGUUUUUCCAAGAAUCUCAGGAGACCCCCAACCUACAUGUCAGCACGCACCAGACGGACGUACAUACUUCCGGCCUCGUCCAGACGCACAACGAUUUUAAUCCCUCCUUCACACCAAUCAUACAGCAAGAGCAGAGGAAACAGACCGAGCAGAGGAAGAAGAGGAACACAAGAAAGCAAGCUUUCAAGAACUGUCAGGCCCGUUAUAGACUCAGCCGUGUGACCCUGUCUUUAAAGAUACCUCAUUUAGAAACUAUUUCAA